CUGAUAGAAUUGCAUCACUUUUAUUCCAACUACGAACGAAAACGGUCACAAGUGUUAUUAGCUCUGCUCUUGCUACAAGUUAUCUUAAAGAUAAAGAUUAUCAAAACGCAUAAUUCCCAAGGUAGAAAUCAGUAAUCCAAGCGCAUCAAUCCGGAAGCGAGAUUAAAGUAGGCACAAAUUGUCCUAUACUUCCCUUGGAAGUCGAGAAACCUGCAUCAGGCAACUAACCGUUCGAUCAUCAAAGUAAGCAUGGAAGAAAACUCAGGAGCCCAAUACGAUUGAUUCCCCAUACACUUGAUUGAUUUUUUGUCUUUGAACAAGGAUAAAGGUACGAAAAAUCCAAACCCCAGUACACCGAAUUUUGCAUCGGUUUUUUUUGGUGAGGUGAGGUGAACCAAUUUGGUCACUUUAAAUAAGAAGAGACAUUUGAAGGUGGUAAACGUGAAGUACGAGCGAAGAAGCGAGUUAAGUGUAAAAAGUGGUGUCACGAGUGAAGGAGGUAGCUGCGAAGAAGACAAGUGUUUAAAAACUUCUAAAGAACAUUAGAAGUGAUACAGUGAAGAAGACAAGCGAUUAAGAACGUUUGGAAACAUUAGAAGUGAUAAGGGGUCGAGCAAAGUGACGAACUUUAUCAAAUCCAAUAGGAAAUUCUCAGUGAAAUCACCUGCAGCAGUGAUUACCAUGCGAGCAUCAGUGAACAAGCAUCAAAAACGCAACAUCACCCACGUCGUCGUCACCGUCGCAGUUCAUAAGCCCACGAAGAACAUUCGAAAGUUUAAGCCCAAGUCCAAGUCGUGCUCGUCGUCGGCGUCGAUUUCGAACAAUUUUAUGUGUCCCAUCGGGAAUAUUCGUCGCAUUUGUAUGGUGGGUACGAGAACUACUAUCGGCACGAUCACGAUGAUGGGUUUGCAGCAGCGUCGUCAGUUUAUCGCCGCCGGCGUCAUCAAUUCAAUGUUGGGGGGCCAAAACUCUCAACUCAUUGGUUGGUGAAGCUUAAGCUUUUAAAAUUUCUAUAAAACUCAACGGAGAACUUAUUUCUCUAUCAAAAUGGCACAGGCAACUGGACUCGAAAGCGAAUCCCGCUCUUGGCGAGAAUCCCUGCCCUGCAACUACGUUGACCGACCCGAAUCAGCAGUACCAGUACCAGCAACAACUACCAGACCUCGAUCUAGAGCAAUCCCUGUGGCUGGAGGACAACGACCACUACAACUCCAGCUGGAUCAAUCAGAUCUGGAAUCAGCCGCCACCGACGCCGCAAACCAGUUCUUUGACACCCCCGACGAUCAGUGGUGCGUUCGGAAGGGUUGGAUCCACACCGACGCAGACGGCCGCCAGCAUGUCACCGUCUCCUCCACCGCCCCUCCGGUGGUCAUCCUGCAGUAUGUUCAUGGUCGCUACGGACCAGUGGACGGAUGGCCACAACCACCCAAUCGAUACGACAGGUGAACAGCAACUCAACACUCCAGAGCCGGUAGAUAUCCGCGGAUUUGAUUACGACGGAAGUUUGGGAGGACUUGGUCCAGCCAACGAUCCAAGAAACGCUAAUAGUAAGAAUCACAUCAACAACAGCAGCAUCGCCACGAUGAACGGAGAAGAACGCAACAGUAUCAUUGGGCACGGUAACAAGAGGGAAGAACCUUUCGAAUUCAAGUUCAUCCCGGCAACAUCUCCCUCGUCCCCUUGGGCAACGUCAGACUUCAGCACCUCUUGGCAGUUCGAGCGCUGCCCGGAAGAAACUGUUCUCAGCCCCGAGAUGAGCUACCUAUCGCCACACCAGAGUCCUUCCGGUGUGCCGUCCCCGGAAUCCAGUUCCGGGGUCGGCUCGGAAGAAGACGAUUUCGAAACUUCUAUGGAUUUCAACAAGAACGACGAGUUCAUUGUAGUUGGCAAUCCAUACGCCGACUACACAACUUCGUUAACUGACGAAAUCGAGCAACUUUCGGAGUCAUUCUACUGCAAAGCUGAGGACCUCAUCUCCAUAGAAAACCCCACCAUAGAAGGGACCGUUGCCGUACCACCCUUCUUCCUGAAAGUCCUUCAGGAGGAAGAGUCGAACGCUUCCGACGGAACUCCAUCGCUUCCCGUCUCGAACGGUACCGUGUAUGACACACGCCCCUCAGUUGUUACCAAAUUCCUAAGUGAUGCUGACAGAGAAGAUGAAGAUUUUAAACUAGAGACGGCAGAGUACGACGUAGCGGAAGCUACUGCAAUAACACCGGCAACACUACAGAGUGUCUCCAGUGACACUCUGGAUUUGAAAACUCAAACCCAGUUAGAACACAACUAUACGAUUAAGCUACCCCUUCUGGAAGCCGGCAGCCCCGGCCACAUUGUAACCACAAAUAAUACCCUGGUGAAGGAACUACAUUCUUUGAAACCGAGAGACACCGUCGCAAUCCUUCCGCCACUGCAGCAAACGCCAAAGCGAACACAACCGCCAGGUAUCAAACGGCAGCUCUUCCAAAGAAAGAUGCGAACCGAUAUGGCUGUCGAGAACAAACUAAAGCUCAAAAUUCCAAUGCCUAGCGCACCCAUCGUGGCCCCAGUAGGCAUCCUGAACACUCCGGACCUCACCAACCAAGUCCUGGAGCUGGAAGCCGAAGCCGAGAUCCUCAGCGCCGAGGACCAAUUCGACCUACUCACGUACAUCUCUUCCGGAACGGAAUACGAUGUCGUCCCACUCUCCCCGGUCGAGGAGAAACCCUCCAUCCCCAAGGAGGAACCAACAGAUCAGCCGGAGUCCACCAUAUGCCCGGACACGCUGAGCCAACUCCUGUCGAACGCGCGGCCGACCAAGCGGAAGCUCCCCAUCAUCACCUUGGACAACCUCGAAGAGCUGACUGCGUCCACAACGCCGAAGAAAUUCCGCAGCGCUGCCUCCUCGACGGCUUCGUCCGUAUGCGGAGACUCCGUCUCGGAAGCUUCCACCUCGGCCAAAAAACGCCGCGGACGACCGCCGAAGCAGUCCAGCUUGCACCAGGAUCCGGCCGAAUACGAACACCUCAACGAGGAAGACCUGAGGUACCGGGAGCAGCGGGACAAGAACAACGAAGCGUCACGCAAGUCGCGCAUCAACCGGCGGGACCGCGAACUGAAGCUGGAGCACGAAGCAAACGCAUUGCACCAGCAGCACCGGGAGCUCGAGAGCGAGGAACAGAAACUGAUACGGGAUUGUGCUCGAUGGCGCCGAGCGGUUAUGCGAUUGGCGCUGCUGUAAAGCUGGAGAAUGAGGUGUCUCUCUUACUUUUUUGAUAAAUUUGUAAACAUAAUAUGCAGUACAACUUUUAUUUCCUAGCUUGAGUAGCAGGAAUUUUAUGAUUUAAAAAUGGACGUAAUUUAACGAAAACAGAGAAAAACGUAAAAAAAAACUUAGAAAUACAAAAACCUACAAGUAAAAGAAACUAAACUUUUUAACCUUAAGUAAUUGGAAAGAUAUAAAAACUGUCAAAAUUGCCACAAAGAACAAAAAAAUGCUUUGCAUGGUAAAUAGAUGUAUGAUUCAGUUGAUGUAUUUGUACUUUUUACUUUAAACUUCAAUAAAACAAAACUACAAAACA